UCCUGUCUGCAAAACGAACAAAGAUGAACGACAAACCACCCCGACGAAAAGUGUCACGGAAACGUUGAUCCCUCACUGGAAUACGUAGAAACAAAAGAGCUUUACAUAUGUCGCCCCAGGUUCAAUGGCGAUGGUCGUGUUUGGAACGCUGUCGAUGUUGAAACCAUGACACGCCAAGGCCAACUGGCAAGUUUGAGGAAACAGCUGCUGUUGCAGCACCACCUGGUGGACGACAGCGGCACUGGGAUCUGCUCUGGAUGAGCUCGAGGGGUGAGACGGAGGUGUCUCUCUCUCUCUCCCCCCGCAACACUGAGCUCGUCCCAGUUGCUGGUGGAGGCGCUGACGAUGCUGAUGACGAUGUGGGAGGGGUGUCCGGAGGCUGGAGCGGAGCAGAAGGCUUUUCUCCAGACCACUGAACAGACUCACGUCUUCACGUGCACUAGAUGGAAACUAAAGUCAUCUACUUCACCGUGAGCGGCCGCCCGGAGCGGGCAGAGUUCCCGCUCGACUGUCCGGCUCAGGACGUCAAAGACCUGUUCCGCUGUGCAGCUGAGGCUGGACCUCACGACAUCUUGAAGCUCUACAACCCACGUGGAAACAUCACUAACAUCUCGCCAGGCCUGGAGCCCAACUCUGCAGAGUCAUGCUACCAACUGGAGGUGGUGGCCUCGGACUGCAACAGCGAGACACUAGGUCUGGAGCUCGCAGGGGCGCUGGGGUUUGACCUGUCGUCCAUGGAGAAGAGACUGCAGAAUCUGGAGAAGAAGAUCCUGGCGGAUGCAGGUGAGACGCCGGCCGUCGUCUACGAUAUGAAGAAGCAGGUGGAUUGUUUCAGGGAGAAACUGGAGAGUGUGGAGCACUUGAGUUGGCUGGGGCUGUUCAAGGAUUUGUCUGUGGGGACGCGCAAGCCUUCACCGUUCUACCACAAGAGGGCGCUCCGCAAGACUGGAGAGGAGUGCGAGCACGUGCGUGAGAAGUUCGUCCACAUGAGUUGCCUGGAAGUAUCAGAGGAGGUGAGACAGUACCUGAAGACGCCCACCUUCGACAACUGGCAGUGGGAGGAUGCAGAGAUCAUGGUCCUCCUCCAGGUCAUGUACACAGACCUGGACUUCGUCUCCAGCUUCAACAUCGAGCCUGAAGUGCUGCAGCAGUUCCUGUUUGAGGUCUACAGGCGGUACAACAACAUCCCCUUCCACAACUUCAAGCACUGUUUCUGUGUGACUCAGAUGAUGUACGGGCUCAUCUGGUUGACCGACUUGCCAAGGAAGAUGGCUGCCAUCGACCUGCUGGUCAUGCUGACCUCUGCUAUCUGCCACGACCUUGACCAUACAGGGUACAACAACGCCUACCAGAUCAACGCUCGGACUGAGCUAGCUCUGCGCUACAACGACAUCUCACCGCUGGAGAAUCACCACUGCGCUGUGGCCUUCCAGAUCCUGGAGCAGAUGCAGAACAACAUCUUCAGGAAUGUGUCCAGCGAUCAGUACAAGCGGAUCAGAGAAGGGAUCAUCAAGUGCAUCCUGGCCACCGACAUGACACGACACAACGAGAUCCUCAACAAGUUCAAGUCCAUCCUGCCUGCGUUCGACUUCAGCAGCAGAGAGCACACUGACGUGCUGAUGAUGAUUCUCAUCAAAGUGAGCGACAUCUCAAACGAGGCGAGGCCCAUGGAGGUGGCAGAGCCCUGGCUGGACUGUCUCCUGCAGGAGUUCUACAACCAGAGUGACAUGGAGAAGCUGGAAGGUCUUCCUGUGACUCCGUUCAUGGACCGGGACAAGAUCACGAAGCCCUCGUCUCAGACCGGAUUCAUCAGAUUUGUCUUACUGCCACUCUUCAUGGAACUGGCCACGCUCUUCCCGUGUCUGGAGCACAUCAUCGACCCGGUGAGGAAGGCUCUGGACUACUACACUGAGAUGGAGAAAGCUGUGGCCCAGAGCGAGAGUGCAGGAGACAUGAGACUGAAACCCUCCAGGACAGAGCCACAGUGAAGGCCUGCAGACCAGGGCCACCUGGAUGUGUUUGAUUGGUUAGAAGCUCUGUAGGAAAUUAAAAAUCACGGGGAAAAGGUUGACAGAAAACAACUUGAGCAAAAAAAGGAACUGGACAACUGUUAUUGUUAUUUAAAGCGGAUGUCUGUUAAGAUUGGGUUGAUUUUUUCUCAAGAACCAAAACAUCGGUGAUAAAACUUUGUCUUGUGUUGCAUCUAUUGUUCUCCUGCUGACUGGGUUGCUGCCGUCACAGGCUCACCGCACAGGUUUCUCUCCGAGUACACGGUGAUCCUCACAUUUUCCAGGGGAAGGCCUUAACGCAGCGCUUCACAAACAGAAAGUGGGUGUUGACAAACAUUUGGAUGCUCCUCCCCGCCUCCAGGCUUCUCUCUCUUGAUUGGUCCAUAUGGCGUUGACGC